CCGACGCGGCCUCAACAUGGCUGCGGCGCCGGGGCUGCCGCUGCCGCCGCGGCCGCUCCCGCCGCUGCCGCUGCUGCUGCUGCUGCCGCUGCUCGCGCCGCCCGCCGCGCCGCAGUCGCCCGGGCCCGCGGGCGGCGACCGGCGCUUCUCGGAGCACAAAGUCUGCGGCGACGCCGAGUGCAGCCUGUUAAUGUACCAGGGUGAAGCUCUUGAAGACUUCAAAGGCCCAGAUUGUCGUUUUGUGAAUUUCAAAAAAGGUGAUUCAGUAUUUGUCUACUAUAAACUGACUGGGAUAUUGCCUGAAGUUUGGGCCGGAAGUGUUGGGCAGGCUUUUGGAUACUUUCCAAAGGAUUUCAUCCGAGUUGCCCAUGAAUAUACUAAAGAAGAACUACAAGUCCCGGCAGAUGAGACGGACUUCGUCUGCUUCAAUGGGGGCAGAGACGAUUUCACUAAUUACAGCGUGGAGGAGCUCUUAGCGUAUUUGGAGUUGCCCAGUCCCGCAUCGAAAGAUUCGGAGGAAGCUAUAGAAAAGGCUUCUCGGCAUGUGGAACCCCCCACUGAGGUAUCUGAGAACCGUGGCCCUCCGUCCCCCCCGGACUCCAGCUCAGAGAGCAGCGACACUGCGGCCGCAGCCAGCACCCAGGUGCCAGAGGAUGGCGUGGAGGCUCCGAUGGGGCAGGCCCAGGCAACGCCACCUUCUGAGCCAGAAACUGUGCAGCAGGAUGCACCCCAGGUGCCCGCAGGUGACAGCAACAGGACCAGCAACAGUUCCCAAGGUCCUGGGGAGCAGCCAGAGCGGAUGGACGCCUAUAAGCUUUUGAAACAGGAUAUGACCCUGGACUUGAAAACCAAGUUUGGCUCCACGGCAGAUGCACUGGUGUCGGACGACGAAACCACCAGGCUGGUGACGUCGCUGGAGGAGGAUUUCGAUGAGGACCUAGAGGCUGAGUAUUACAUGAUGGGGCAGGAGGAAGAGGAAGAGGAGGAGGAUGGCAUUGAGGACCAGCCGUUGCUCACCUUUGAGGAUGCGGAUGACGGGGCCGAUGGGCCGAGCCCCCGGAGGACAGGAGUUGGGGGAGGCGCAGCGGGGCGGGAACAGAAUUCCAGCGAGGAGGCCCGGGAGCAGGUCCCGCAGGCACUGGGUGGCGCCACCAGCAGUAGCCACAGACCGAGGGAUGGGUCAGAGCAGCAGGCUGAGCACCUGAACUCAGAGGACGCAGGUGGCCUCUCAGCUGCAGGGAGCCUCGGGCUGGACCCACCGCCGCCAGCUGCGCCGGAACUCACAGGCCCAGUAGGGGCACUGGGUGCUCUUGGGAUCCGUGGGGUCUUCCAAGCAAGCAAAGCCAAAGCCUCCAAAGUGGACGCGGACAUUCACGUCCCUGGGAAAGUGGCAGCUGAGAGGGGGCCAGUCCUGGGCACGACAGAAGCAGAGAGCGAGCAGCCCCCAGAGCGCGGGGCCGCCCCACCCAGCGUUGCUCUGGGCAGCCAGCAGCCCUCGGGGCUGGCGGUCGGGCAGGGGGCAGACGCCAUCCCAUCAGCCGCUGCCAGCAAGGAUGGGAACGCUGCAGACGCGGUUGUCCACGUCUCGAAGGAAGAGUCCGGGGGAGAGCCCACCCUGACAGGGGGUCCUGGGGGGGACAGAUCCCCAAAUGUGUCCUCAGCACCUGUCCAGGGAGAGAAUAAGCAGCAGGACGUGCCCAGAGCGGAGAAGGACGGUGUCCUGGGCUCCUUCAGGCCACUGGACACUCUUAGCAGGGCGGCCCCGAAGGAGGCGUCAGAGGAGCAGCAGCCCCCAGCUCCUCACCCACAGCCGCCCGGGCUGGAGGAAGGGGCCCCCACCCAGGGGAGAGAUGGCCCCGGGCAGCUGGAACAGGCCGUUGCCACUGAGAAGGAGCAGCUGGGCACGGGGAAGGGGAGGCUCUGGGAGGAGAAGGCAGAGGAGGACUUCCAGGAGGAAGAAGCAGGGCCUGGCCCCCUGGAAGCCGACCCCACCGGCCAGACCGGGGGUGCAGAGGCCCCGGAUUCCCAUCCUGGAGAAGCAGAGGCAGAGGCAGAAGCCGAUGAAUACACCCCCGAAGAACAGCUGGAGGAUGAAAAUGCGCUCAGUGCCCAGCAGGCCAGAGGCUCCAGCCCUGCUAGUUCUGAGAUGCAGGACUGGCCCCCAGGCGCCGACCCGCAGGGCCCCAGGGGUGCUGCUCCGGGCACUCCCAGCAGCGUUCUGGAAACUCAAGGACACAGAGAAGAAGCUGGGAGAAGAAGCGAAAUGGGGGGGCACCGGGGUAGAUGCCGCUGGCAGGGCGCCAGGUGGCCCUGUGUCACCCGAGGGAGGCAGGGCCCUUACAGGCCCUGGAGCCCAGAGCCUGGCCCUGGGGUGGGACGUCUCUGGCACAGAGACCCCUCAACCGGCCCCAGAGGUGGCUGCUGGGGAGGGAGACCACCAGGAGGAGGUCCCUGCAGGUUCCGGGGAGCUCACGGACACGAAGGCUGUGGGGACACCUGACCCAGAGCACGGCAGUGACGGUCUGGCCCACUGGCCCCCGCAGCAUCUGCCCAUCAUCGGCAGCUUCUUCAAGGACCUGCGGUCGUGGCAGCGGUUCCAGAAGCACGUGGAGGUGU